UUUCGCCCAGGCCCAUGGCGCUGGCAGGAUGGGCAAGUGUCACGUACUUCAUACUGCUAGGAAGUUCCGUAGUCACCGAAAAGACCAGAAGUGGCAUGAUAAACACAAGAAAGCCCAUUGAGGCCCAGCCCCAAAGACUAACCCUUUUGGAGGUGCUUCUCCUGCAGGAAUGGUGCUGGGAAAAGUAGGAGUUGAAGCCAAACAGCCAAAUUCUGCCACUAGGAAGUGUGUCAGGGUCCAGUGCAUCCAGAAUGGCAAGAAAAUCAGAGCCUUUGUACCCAAUGAUGGUGAGGAAAAUGAUGAAGCUCUGGUUGCUGGAUUUGGCCGAAAAAGUCAUGCUGUUGGUGACAUUCCUGGAGUCUGCUUUAAGACUGUCAAAGUAGCCAAUGUCUCUCUUUUGGCCCUAUACAACGGCAAGAAGGAAAGUCCAAGAUCAUAA